AUGGGAAAGGUUGUUGGACAUUCCUCGACGCCGCACCAAGACCACACACCCAAGCAGGCCAAGACCAAGCGACCUCGUACCCCGAAGAGCCCUGUGCUCCAGAGAACUUAUGAGUCUGCGCCAACUGCUCUCUCGGGAGAUUCCCAUAAAAAGCCUCGGAAUUCCCACACAACCCAGCCGGGACCACGUCGGCCCACAAGCCGGCUUCUUGAACUCAGUGAAGUGGUGCCGGUCUUUACUAUGCCCUCCGAGUUCUAUAAAUACCAGCCAGGACCAAGUCAGAUGGCAGUGCGGUCAUCAGUGCCCAGUGAAGCGGUGCCAGACCAAGGUAAGUCUCCUGACUCCCAGAAUAACCAGCUAGGUCUAGGUCAGUCAGCAAUGCCGUUCUUUGCACCCAGUCAACUCGCACCCAGCCCACUCGCAAUUGGCGAAACUGUACUUGAAGGACUGGCACCCCCUCAAGCUGGGCCCCAUCGAGCUGCUCCGGGCGAAGCUGUACUCGAAGGACUCGCACCCGUUCAGACCGCACCUCACCGAGCCGCACGCCGUCGAAUGAUAUUCCCUCGGCUCGCACCCCGUGCAAUCUUACCCCGUCCUCCCGGUGAAGCCGCACCCGAUGAGGUUGUACAUGGUGAGGUUGGACCUGAUGAGGCUGCAUCUGGCGAAGGUGCACCCGAAGAAGACGCUCCUGAUGAAGCAGGAGCAGAAUAUGGUACGUACUCUAACCUGCCGCGACCAGCUCCUCAGUACGAACCGGCUGACGCGUCUGGAUAUGGCCCAUCCAGCCAGGAAUACACUGAAGAAGAGAUGAUGCUGAUUCUCCAGGCGUACAACGCUGAAGAGCAGCAUUUCUUCGAUCAGUAA